AUGUCCAAAAAGUCAAAUAAGAAGAUCAAAGUCUUACCAAACGAAGAGUCAGAGGAAUGUGUGAAUUCAUAUAAAGAGAAAGCCAUAAGUAAUUCACAAGUUUUGGUUUUGGAUGAGUUUCCCAAAAGAAUAUUAGAAAUUCAACAAAUAUUAACUGAUGAGAGAUUUAGUCUCAAUACUUUCUUUUCCUGCGAAUCAGACAUCAAUAUUCCUAUACCUGAGAAACCAUCGAAAGAGCGGGCAAUGAGUUUGAGUAUUGAAUAUUCGGAUACUUUCCUCUUUGAAAACGGUUUCGUUGAAUCAAAUGUACAUUUGAUUGAAUUAAUCGAAACUCUAAAACCAAAGGCUCUGCAACUGAUCGGUGACUCGAAUUCAGUGAAAAUGGGAAUUUCACUAAUGAUACCGAAGAUUGAAGACGGAAACAACUUUGGCGUUGAAAUACAACAGGAAAUGCUGAUCGGUGUCGCUGUUGUCGAACUCAAGACUCGCCUACAGUUGGAUCAGAUCUCUGAGUACUUCAGAAGAAGGGCAGAAAUGGUGACAAAGAUUGCGAAAUACCCGCACUCUAUGGACUAUCGACAAGCGCUUCAAGAAAUGGAUUACAAGUUUCGACUUUUUCUCCGAUUGUUUGCAUUUGAUUUACGGAAUCAAUACAUAGGUCUUCACGAUAUGUUCACCAAAAAUCUCAACAAAAUUAAAGAACCGCGAAAUUCAGACAAUCAUCAACUCAUGUAUUGA